AUGGCCUCCUCAUCCUACGACGACGACAAAGAAAAGGGCCAUGUCGCGGUCGUUGCGCCUGACGCGUCGGACACGACCGCCCGUGGAUUGGAAGAAGAACGCCGAUAUGGGCGCAUCGGGCCCUUCCUCGCAAAAGUCUUCAACAGCGGCGUUGAAUCUCGUGGUGUUGAGCGUGUGCCAGAGGACCAGCGAGAGGAUAAACACGCGUGGAAUAACUUGUUGAUGUGGUGGUCCGUAAACAUGGUCCUCACCACCAUUCCCAUCGGCGUCCUCGCACAAGAAUUCUACACACUCACGCUCCCGCACGCGAUCGCAACUAUUAUGUGCUUUGGCGCGCUAGGGGCUGUGGCCACGGCGUUCAUCGCGACGCUGGGCCCGCAGACAGGCUUGCGAACGAUGAUCAUCUCCCGCUUCAGCUCGGGCUACGUCGGCGGAAUCAUCUACUCUGUACUCAACAUCCUCACGCAACUUGGCUUUUCGACUACAGCUGUCAUCCUUGGCGGCCAGACGCUCGCGUCCAUCAACCCGGGCACGCUCCCGCUCGUCGUCGGCAUCAUCAUCGUUGGCGUAUGCAGCCUGAUCCCGUGCUUCGUCGGGUAUGACAUGGUGCACCGCUACGAGCGCUACGCGUGGGGCGUGAUCUUCAUCGUCAUGCUCUGCCUGUGGGGCCUCGCCGGGCACGCGGGGUUCGAUAUCAGCGCACAGCGUGCGCUCGAGGACAAAGGGAAAAGCCUCUCGGCAGACGUGCUGAGCUUCGGCGGGAUCGUGUUUGGAUCAUUCAGCGGGUGGGCCCCCGUGGCGGCGGACUACAACUGCAGGCUCCCUGCGGACACCUCGUCCACGAGGAUCUUCAUACUUACGUUCUUUGGGCUGUUCCUGCCGAUAUGCUUCUCUGAGAUCCUCGGCGCGGCGCUCAUGACGCUCCGCGAUCCCGCGUACGCGGCCGCGUUCGAUGAUGGCGAGACGGGCGGGCUCCUGGCGCGUGUGCUGCAGCCGUGGGGCGGGGGCGGCAAGUUCCUGCUCGUGGUGCUAGCGCUAUCUGUUGUCGCAAACAACAUCCCAAACACCUACUCCGCCGGGCUCUCCAUCCAAGCGCUCGGCCGCCCCUUCGCGCGCGUCCCACGCUUCGCGUGGACGUUCCUCGUUUUCGUCGCUUACACCGUCGCGGGCGUCGCGGGGCGCGAGCACUUCGCCACCAUCCUCUCGAACUUCCUCGCCAUCCUCAGCUACUGGACCGCGUUCUUCGUUGUCAUCGUCGCGGAGGAGCACCUCAUCUUCCGGCGCGGGCUAGGGCUCCUCGGGCGGAUGACGCGCGGGGACAAGUGGGCUGAGCAUGAGGGCGGGUAUAAUUUGGAUGAUUGGGAUUCGCCGGGGAAGCUACCGCUGGGCGUCGCGGGGAUCCUGGCGGGGUGCUUCGGCGUCGCGGGCGCGGUCGUCGGCAUGGCAGAGGUAUGGUACAUUGGUCCCCUCGGCGCCAAAGCGGGGACCGGAUUCGGCGCGGACCUGGGGUUCGAGCUCGCGGCGGGGUUCGCAGGCGUGACGUACGUGCCACUGCGCUGGCUGGAAAUACGGCUUACGGGGAGGUAGUGCUGCAUCAGGUAAGGAGGUCGUCGGGCGUGGCACCUCGCUGGUGUGAUGUAGUUGCUAGUGUAUGAUCGCCGUCUGUAGGUCAAACCAAAGAAGCUGAGGCAAAUGUCAGGGAUGAGUCGACGAUACUUUCAAGAGGUUGUUGCUGCCGUUUACUUUCAAGACAAGGCUGCAGAGCGAGAAGGCAAUAACAUAAUUUAUUCGCCAGCGUGUCCUUUUCUGUCUUGAUAUAUAGUGUAUCUUAGUAUGAAUCAGUUCACUAGUUUCACUACUCGAUAUGUCCUUGUGCCAGGAGUAAAUAAGAAACGAAAUCCAAUAUUUAUGUACGCCGUUCAUUAUAGUCC